GCGGACCCUCCGGCUCCGCCCGCCCGCCCGCGCCGAGCCGAGCCCAGCAGCCCGGGCCGGUCGCGACCUUGGCCUGCGGCGGCGCAGAAAGCGGGCGGAGGCGCGGGCCAUGCUGCGGUGGGCGUCCGCCCGGGCCAGAACCAUCGUCGACAUGUCGUACGCCCGCCACUUCCUGGACUUCCAGGGCUCCGCCAUCCCCCACGCCAUGCAGAAGCUGGUGGUGACUCGGCUGAGCCCCGACUUCCGCGAGGCCGUCACCCUGCUCCGGGACUGCCCGGUGCCACUCCCGGGGGACGGAGACCUCCUCGUCCGAAACCGAUUUGUCGGUGUUAAUGCAUCUGAUGUCAACUACGCUGCCGGACGAUAUGACCCUUCAGUCAAGACCCCCUUUGACGUGGGCUUCGAAGGCGUGGGUGAGGUGGUCGCCUUGGGCCUGUCUGCCAGCGCCAGGUACGCCGUGGGCCAGGCGGUGGCCUACAUGGCCCCCGGCUCUUUCGCCGAGUACACAGUGGUGCCUGCCCACGCGGCCACUCCCGUGCCCGCGGCCACGCCCGCGUAUCUCACCCUGCUGGUCAGUGGGGCCACCGCGCACAUCAGCCUCAAAGAGCUGGGAGGACUGGAGGAAGGGAAGAAAGUGCUGGUGACGGCGGCAGCCGGGGGGACGGGCCAGUUUGCCGUGCAGCUGGCAAAGAAGGCCAAGUGCCAUGUAAUUGGCACCUGCUCUUCAGACGAAAAGUCUGCUUUCCUGAAAUCCAUCGGCUGCGACCGGCCCAUCAACUAUAACGCGGAGCCCGUCGGUGUGGUCCUGGCCCGGGAGUACCCCGGCGGGGUGGACGUGGUGUAUGAGUCCGUGGGGGGCGCCAUGUUCGACCUGGCUGUAGACGCCUUGGCCGUCAAGGGGCGCCUGCUAGUGAUUGGGUUUAUCUCUGGCUACCAAACGCCUACGGGCCUCUCGCCCGUGAAGGCAGGCACGUUACCGGUCAAACUGCUGAGGAAAUCCGCCAGCGUCCAGGGCUUCUUUCUGAACCAGUACCUUUCUGAGCACAGAGCGUCCAUGGACCACUUGGUGAAGAUGUGCGCCCGCGGCGACCUGGUGUGCCAGGUGGACCAGGGCAACCUGUCCGCCGAGGGCAGGUUCACGGGCCUGGAGUCCGUGUUCCGGGCUGUCGAGUACAUGUAUGCGAGGAAAAACACUGGGAAAAUCGUAGUUGAAUUACCUCACUCUGUCAACAGUAAGCUGUAGAAACAGAGCAACGGCAUAAAUCAAAGGGGAAAGAAAGGUACUUGAGGCUUCAGAACCACUCUGACCAAUUUAUUUUUAGUCGGUAACGGAGAUAGUAUUUUUUAAAACCAAAGUAUGGUGUUAAUGCGUGGGUUUCUCUUUCUCCUUCCUUUUUUCUUGCCCCCCCCCCCACCUCCCUUGAAAAAAUAACGUGCUCCUAAAACUUUCUUCUGUAGCUCAGAGGUAGAAACCUUUAUGUUCAGCCCUUUGGUCAUAGACAGUCUCAUUCCAGAUUUUAUUGUUCCUGGGAACCAAAUUAAUUCCUGAUGCGAGGGCUGAUCAAAUCAGUAUGUCUUCAGCUUGAUGAGAUUUUAAAAUUGGUCUUGAAAAUAGUUCACAAAUUCUUUGCUUUGGCAGACUUUGGUCUUGGGCUAAUAGGUAGUUAAUAAGUGGGACAGAGCGCCAAACUCAGUCGUAUUUCAGAGUCCAUAUUCUCAGGAAACGGUCCCCUCUUUUCCUAGAAAUUACUAGCCAGCUAUCUAAACAGAAAGUUGGAGGCCCUUUCCCCUAACUUUGACUUUCAUUAGGGUAUUAGGAGAACUGAGGACGUGAGCGCAGGCCUGUUUUAAAGAAGGGUCCUGUACUUGGUGGAGCUUUUGCCAGGCGAGGCCCCUGUUGGAAGGAACAAUUUCACUCCUCCCUUAAAGCAGCAACUUGGGGCCGAACAGAACUUACGUAGGCAAAAGCAGGUGUGGGGAGCGGACGACAGAGUUGGGGGGCUCGAACAACCUAAAAGGUGUGUACCCCAUCCACACUGAGGGUCCCCGUAACCAGCAAGGGCAAGCCGCUCCAGGCCCAUCCCUGGGGGUCCCUACAGACGCCCGGGGUGGGCCUGACCGCGCAAAGCGUCCCCAGAAGCAGAACAGUGGCUCCCCCGCAGAGGCGGCCGGCCCGGGAGGUGUGUUCACCUCCGAUCGGGGGCCAGAGUAGCAGCCCCCGCUCCUGUGUUCCCGUCUUCCUCCUCCGUGGGUUCUGGUGGGGCGAGGUGCUGCGUGCCCCGCCGCCUGGUGUCCCAGGAGCCCACGGAGACGAGCGCCUCCCCUCGACUCACACCUGCAGCCGCCCUGCCCGCCUGCCCCCAGCCUCCCGCCCCCCGAAGGCUGCCGCAGCCCCCGCCGUGGCCCCGGAAAUCCCACAGUGCUUUUGUAAUCGAGGGCAGGGCCCGCCAGGUUAUUUUUCAAACCCUGGGGUUUCUGUGUCUCACAUGCUAAAUAAAUAGGAAGACAAUUAAAGGUGAUCCAGAAACCUGGGUGACCGUGAUUCAUUUUUCUUGUCUCCCGUCCGAGGAGCAAGGAAAUCCUACUGCCCAGUCGCUGUUCGUAUCUAUUUCACGAGAUUUACUCAUUUUCAGGUACCUAAUGUAGCUGCUAGCAUGCAUGCACAACAAUACAAUUUAUAUGGUAAAUGGGGCCAAAUAACAGCUUCACUGAAUGUUAUGGCUGCGCUGAAGGGAAAUGUCACGGUAAAUAGCUGCCAAAUUAUGGAUCAUGCCGAAGUGUCACAACUGCACUAAAGACAAAUGGCACCGGAGGCUAUUGCCACUGCGAGGCUCCUGAGUUAUGAGGAAGGGUAGUGGCCUGAUGCGAGGCUCUUUGUGUCCUCAUUAUAGCAAAGGGUUACCAGUGCAGGGGACAGGGAAAGCCGGUCCAGUGCGGGGCUCGGCCAUUAAUCUGCCCCUUGCAGACCGCGCGGCAGCGGCAGGGCGGACCGGGGCUGGGCCAGGCGCUCCGAGGCACAGACUCGCGAGGGGCGGGGGCAGGUUCCUGACCGGCUCUGCCCCGGAAAUGGCUGCAAACGGGAAAAAACGUGGCGACGACCGAACCCCCUCGCCGCCACGGAACAGCCUUAACCGAAGGCGGUGCGUGUGUGCGGGCCCCGGCGGCCCCUGCGGGCGGACGCGUGAGAGGACACGCCCCUCCCUUUGUCGCGACUCUGCACCGGCCGAACGGCUGCUGCUAAACUGAAGUGCGUCCCGGUUUCUUUCAUUUUAAUGGGAGGGUAAUAAAGAUGAAAGACCAACAUUUUUACUGAUGGAUCCCUUAAGCUACAGAACAGGAAUUUAUUGUGUUUUGAAGGAAUAUACUAAACUCAGCUAUGUUUUUUUAAGAAAAAAAAAGAAUUCAAACACCCAGGUUUGAAAUAAAAUCUCAUCUGAACCCCCCGAGCGGGCCUGUCUCCAGACCCAGGAACGGCAGGGCAGGCCGCCUCCAUUCAGCCUCAGGAAGCAAGCGUGAAAGAUUCCGCCCAUUCACGUAAUGCCAAAAAGAUGUUUGAACUUUUUUUUUUUAUUCUUCUGAAAAAUGAUUUGUAAAUUGAAGGUCAUAGUUCAGCACCAGUUUCAUCUUCUGGGAUUAUCGUUCAAGACGAGCCUCUAAUGGGAGGUGAAAUGUCCUUCGGCCCCCCCACACCUUCUCCUGGACGGGAUCACACAGCACAGAAAGUGCAUCCAUAACUCAGGGCCAUUGGCAGCCUUU